UUUCUUUUGGUGCAGAAACUAAAAAUGGCUUUUGCUCUCCGUGGCGUGUCUGCCAACACGCAGGUUCGGCGCAAUGCCGGCGUUCGCGCUGGCCGCACGCUGACCGUGCGUGUCCGGGCCUAUGGCAUGAAGGCAGAGUAUAUCUGGGCCGAUGGCAACGAAGGCCGGCCCGAGAAGGGCAUGAUCUUUAACGAGAUGCGCUCGAAGACCAAGGUCUUUGAUGAGGCCCUCCCCCUGGAAGCUGGCCAGUACCCCGACUGGUCCUUCGAUGGCUCUUCGACCGGCCAGGCCGCCGGCAACAACUCCGACUGCAUUCUCAGGCCCGUCCGCGUCAUCAAGGACCCCAUCCGCGGUGAGCCGCACGUGCUGGUGAUGUGCGAGGUGUUCGCCCCUGAUGGCACCCCGCACCCUACCAACACUCGUGCCAAGCUGCGCGACAUCAUUGACGACAAGGUCCUUGCCGAGGACUGCUGGUACGGUCUGGAGCAGGAGUACACCAUGCUUCAAAAGACCACCGGCCAGAUCUACGGCUGGCCCAGCGGCGGUUACCCUGCACCCCAGGGCCCCUUCUACUGCGGUGUCGGUGCGGAGUCGGCGUUCGGCCGGCCCCUGGCUGAGGCUCACAUGGAGGCUUGCAUGAAGGCUGGUCUUAAGAUCUCUGGCAUCAACGCCGAGGUGAUGCCAGGCCAGUGGGAGUACCAGAUUGGCCCGGUGGGUCCCUUGGAGAUGGGCGAUGAGGUGAUGCUGUCGCGCUGGCUGCUGCACCGUCUGGGCGAGGAUUUCGGCAUUGUCUGCACCUUCAACCCCAAGCCUGUCCGCACCGGCGACUGGAACGGCACUGGCGCGCACACCAACUUCUCGACCAAGUCCAUGCGCCAGCCUGGCGGCAUGAAGGUGAUUGAGGACGCCGUGGAGAAGCUCUCCAAGACCCACAUUGAGCACAUCACCCAGUACGGUCUGGGCAAUGAGGCUCGUCUGACCGGCAAGCACGAGACGUGCGACAUCAACACCUUCAAGCACGGUGUUGCGGACCGCGGCUCGUCCAUUCGCAUCCCGUUGCCGGUCAUGCUGAAGGGCUACGGCUACCUGGAGGACCGUCGCCCGGCUGCCAACGUUGACCCGUACACUGUCGCCCGCCUGCUCAUCAAAUCCAUCCUCAAGGGCCCGCAGUAAAUGAUCUCUUGUGCAGCGAUCGUAAGGCUUUUCCGUAAGGCCUUAGGUCUACUCCCGACGCAUGCGAAAUGAAGUGCUCGUUCGCAAAAUUCACACCUCCUUCAGAUUCACGGAGCGUGCCAGACAGCUGCGUCAUGACCUGAGCUGAUCGCAUGCGCAUGGCUAUGCGUGGAGCUGUGGGGUGUGCGCGCGAUAUGGUGUGACCGAAUUGCGAUAUGCCGCUUAAUAUUAUGGGUCUGUCGUCCGUAUAUACUUAUUGCGUCGUGUUUGUAGGUGACCCGCAAGUCUUGCUGCAGUACAGUGCUAUUAACGUGGCGGCGGUACUGCAUCCGUAGACAAAACGGCGAGGUCGUUACCGCUGACCUGCGUUGCAAGGCUGGUCUUGCGGUGCUUCGGCGGUCUCAGGUCGUUUCAAGCUGAUGUAACACGGCCGUGAUGCAUAAUCUGUUUCGAUUGGGUCAGUCGAAAUAGGUCAGUACGUUCGAACUAUUUUACCGCAUAUGAGCUGCGAUUUACAGGUUGCACACUAUCGCACAUGGCAACGGACGCAUGUGCGUCGAGCAUCGCCCAGACCUCAUGUAAACGAUUCUAUCCAAA